CAAAUUUAAAUGGUUCCACAACCAAUUUCACUUUCUUCUCAAUGGCUGAACCAAAAAAAAAUAAAACAAAACAGACAAAUCUUUACAUUUCAAGACUAAAAGGGGUAACCUCUUUAGUCAAUCCUGAUUACACUCCUAAUAUUAAAAUUGAUAACAAUCAAGGCUGGCAGCAA